GGUGGAUUGAAAUUGCUGCAGAGUGCGUACUUUCGUUGAGCGUGGACGGUGUCUCGUAUCAAAUACGAGAUGGAUGUGAUUAGGUGCAUCUUCCUCCUACUUGGAAUAAUCACUGUGCACCGUUGUGGAGCAGAAUACUAUGAAAAUGAUUACUACUCAGAGUACGAAUGCAAUUUGCCGCUAAUGGAGUUUGCCUCCUUGUCUGCAACGUCGGCAUUGCGAGAGCGUGGCCCCAACAAUGCUCGUCUGGACGGUCAAUCUGCAUGGACACCUGUAGAAAACACUUACUAUCACUUUCUCACAUUUGACUUGGGUGAGAGGCGACUAAUCCGUCGAGUAGCUACAGCUGGACGAAGGAGAACUCAUGAGUAUGUGACAGAGUAUGUGGUACAGUUUUCGGAUGAUGGGGAGAAUUGGCGAUCGUAUGUCAAUCCAAAUGGGGAGGCACAGCUCUUCAAAGGUAACACCGAUGGAGACAGUGUGCGUCACAAUAUCUUCGAGGUGCCCAUCAUUGCGCAGUGGGUGAGGAUUAAUCCCACGCGGUGGCAAGACAGAAUCUCUCUGAGAGCUGAACUGUACGGAUGUGACUACUUUCCCGAAACGCUGUCUUUCAAUGGCUCAAGUCUGGUUAAGUUGGAUCUCAUGAGAGCACCAAUCGUGAGCUGGCGCGAGUCCAUCAGAUUCCGCUUCAAGACAUCAAAUCCCAUUGGGAUUGUGCUGUACUCGCGAGGCACGCAGGGUGACUACUUGGCAGUGCAGAUUCGAGACAACCGCAUGGUGUUGAAUAUCAAUCUUGGCUCGGGUGUCAUGACCACACUUUCGGUGGGUAGUUUGCUGGACGACAAUAUUUGGCACGAUGCCGUCAUCUCGAGGAAUAGGCGAGAUAUUGUCUUCUCAGUGGAUAGAGUGAUGACUCAAGCGAAGAUCCAGGGUGAAUUUACGAGACUGGAUCUCAAUCGAGGGAUGUACAUCGGCGGAGUGCCAUAUCAUCAGGAAGGAAUGGUGGUUCAUCAGAAUUUCACGGGUUGUAUUGAAAAUCUCUACCUGAACUCGAGUAAUUUCAUCAAGGAGCUCAAAGAGGCCAUUCAUUACGGCGAGGAUUUACGUUUCGAUAAGAUUCACACGAUGUACACCUGUCCAGAGCCACCAAUAAUGCCUGUGACUUUCCUCACGCGAGCUUCUUACGCCAAGAUGCGCGGCUAUGAGGGCAUGAAGCAAAUGAAUGUCUCCUUUUGGUUCCGCACAUUCGAGGAGAAGGGAAUGCUGCUUUACCACGAGUUCAACACCAAAGGCUAUGUGAAACUGUAUCUGGACGAGGGUGUUGUGAAGGUGGAUCUGAAGACGGAUGACUAUCCUAUGAUCACGCUUCGGCCACACAAUCAGCAGUUCAAUGACGGGCGGUGGCAUUCGUUGGUUUUCACACUCGCGAAGAAUCAAAUGGUGCUGGAUAUAAAUAGACGACCAGCCGUCACGGAGAAGCUGAUGUCCAUUCUCACGGGUUCGGUGUACUACAUUGGCGGUGGUAAGACGAGAGAUGGAUUUAUUGGGUGCAUGAGGAUGAUUUCUGUGGAUGGAAACUAUCGCUUGCCGACGGACUGGAAGGAUGAGGACUAUUGCUGCAAGAAUGAGGUGAUCUUCAAUGCUUGCCAAAUGAUUGAUCGAUGCAAUCCGAAUCCGUGCAAGCACGAAGGCGUCUGUCGUCAAAACUCCAUGGAAUUCUUCUGCGAGUGCCAGAACACUGGCUAUGCUGGUGCAGUGUGUCACACAUCACUCAAUCCGCUCUCGUGUCAGGCGUACAAGAAUGUCCAGUCAGUUCAGCAGCGAGCCAAUAUUAACAUCGAUGUGGACGGUAGUGGACCGCUGAAACCUUUCCCCGUCACGUGCGAGUUUUACUCUGAUGGUCGUGUGAUUACGGUGUUGAGCCACGAUCAGGAACACUCCACAACCGUGGAUGGAUACCAAGAGCCAGGAAGUUAUCGACAGGAGAUCUUCUACGAAGCGGAAAUGCCUGAGAUUUUGGCCCUGCUCAAUCGUUCGCACUCAUGCUGGCAGAGGCUGAGCUACUCUUGUCGCAAUUCACGCCUGAUGAAUUCUCCGUCGGACGAACUGAGCUUCCAUCCGUACGCUUGGUGGGUGUCACGACAGAAUCAGAGGAUGAACUACUGGGCAGGCGGUGUUCCGGGCUCUCGGCGGUGUGAAUGCGGUGUCUGGGGCACCUGUUUUGACCAGACAAAGUGGUGCAAUUGCGACUCUAAUCACUACAAUUGGCUGGAAGACAGCGGCGAUCUCACGGACAAGGACCACUUGCCAGUGAGGGCAGUUCAGUUUGGUGACACAGGCACGCCGCUCGACGAGAAGUUCGGGCGGUACACACUGGGCCCUCUUAUGUGCGAGGGAGAUGAUCUCUUCAACAAUGUCGUUACAUUCCGGAUUACAGAUGCCACGAUCAAUCUGCCGCGCUUCGAUAUGGGACACUCUGGCGAUGUCUAUCUGGAGUUCAGGACCACCAUUGAGAAUGCUGUGAUCUUCCAUGCGAAGGGACCAACGGACUACAUCAAGCUGAGCAUCAUUGGAGGCAAUAAGCUGCAGUUCCAGUAUCAAGCCGGCAGCGGACCGCUCGGCGUGAACGUGGAGACGAGUUACCAUCUCAAUGACAACAACUGGCACUCAGUGAGCGUGGAGAGGAAUCGCAAGGAGGCUCGUUUAGUCGUCGAUGGGGCGCUCAAGGCGGAAGUCAGGGAGCCUCCAGGUCCAGUUCGAGCCAUUUAUCUGACAUCUGAACUCGUUAUUGGUGCCUCGUACGAUUAUCGUGAUGGUUACGUGGGUUGCAUUCGAGCGCUGCUUCUGAACGGCGAAUUAGUGGAUCUGAAAUAUCACGCGAGGAAGGGACUUUAUGGUGUGUCCGAAGGCUGCGUUGGACGAUGCGAAUCGAAUCCAUGUCUCAACAAUGGCACGUGUUUUGAGCGCUAUGACGGAUACACGUGUGAUUGCCGCUGGAGUGCAUUCAAGGGACCAAUCUGUGCUGAUGAAAUUGGCGUGAAUCUCCGCUCCAGUUCGAUGAUCAAGUAUGAUUUUCUGGGCUCUUGGAGAUCCACUAUUCGGGAGAAUAUCCACGUGGGCUUCACAACAACCAAUCCCAAAGGAUUCUUGCUGGGAUUCUACUCAAAUUCGUCCAAGGAAUAUCUCACGAUAAUGGUGUCGAACUCUGGACACUUGCGCGUUGUCUUUGAUUUUGGCUUUGAGCGGCAAGAGCUUAUUUAUCCGGAUAAACAUUUUGGUCUCGGACAGUAUCACGAUGUGAAAUUCUCGAGGAAGAACUCUGGAACGACAGUUGUGCUUGAGGUGGACAACUAUGCACCGCAAGAGUAUCACUUUGAUAUUAAAGAUUCUGCCGACGCGCAAUUCAACAAUGUUGAGUACAUGUACAUCGGGAAGAAUGAGUCAAUGACGGAUGGUUUCGUUGGCUGUGUCUCGCGAGUAGCGUUCGACGAUAUUUAUCCUUUGAAGCUGCUCUUCCAGCAAAAUCCGCCGGAAAAUGUGAAAUCGCUGGGAACGCCACUAACGGAAGACUUCUGCGGAGUUGAACCUGUGACUCAUCCACCGAUUGAAAUUGAAACACGUCCUCCGCCGGAAAUUGACGAGGACAAACUUAGGCGCGCCUACAAUCAAGUGGAUUCAGCCAUUCUCGGCAGCGUUCUGGCGAUACUUUUCCUACUUCUUCUGGUCAUGGCGAUUCUCAUCGGGCGAUACUUGGCUCGACACAAGGGCGAAUAUCUCACGCAGGAAGACAAGGGUGCUGACGCAGCUUUGGAUCCGGACGAGGCUGUCGUUCAGUCGGCGACGGGUCAUCAGGUGACGAAGAGGAAGGAGUGGUUCAUUUAAGUCACGCGCGUCGUUCGCUGUGUUCUAAAUAGCAAUUUUCCCGUCAUCGAAAAGCAUCAAACACCUCAAGAUUAACUCGCUUUUUGCCAAGGAGCCUGAAAAGAAGGUGGAGAGAAGAUCAGGAGGAGAGGAAAAUAUUCUGACGACAAUGACUGGCGGAGAGGAGAAAGUGUAGAUGAGAAUGAUUGUUCGUGGAUUUCCAUGUAAAUAUUUUUAUUUUCUCCCCUUUUCUCUUUAUUGUUUGUCGAAUAUUUUUUUCAAUCAAUUUUACCGUCCAUUUUUUAUUUUGUCGUACACCUAGAAGAGAUGUGAGAGUUUGUUUUAUCUCUUAGUUUUAUUUCUUAAAAUAUUUAACAGUUUUUUCUCUUAACAUAAGAUACACGCAAUAGAUGAAGAGAGAUAGAGAGAGAGAGAGAAAACCAAGUAUUAGUGAAGAUGAUAAUCACAUUUUAUGUUUAUUUUAAAUAAAAAAAAAGAUUUUACCGGAUUAGACGACUUGUGAAAUUUUUCCCAAGUACAAGAAAAAAGGACAUUUUAAGGAACAUUCAGUCUCUACAAUUUUGAGUAAUUUUCCAUCGAAUGUUAGUGGGAGGUAUGUUUAAGUGAAAAAAUUGUCUUUGGCGAAUUUGCAAUACAAAAAAUAAGUGUUACAUUCCAAAUCUUGCAUGUAGGCAAUGCUUCCUUGACUGUAAUGACUUCUUAAUAAAUUUCUCCGUUUCGAUGUCGAGUUUUUUCCCCGGGAAAUUAUAUAUUUAGGAAUCACUUCAAAUUUUCUCGGAUUUCUUCUCAUUGUAUUUCCCAUAGUAAACAUCUUUUAUCUUCUUUGAAUUGUGAAGAUGAGAAAAUUACCUACUAUACAAACUGUGUGGUAGAAAAUAGAGAACAUUAUUAAAAGGAGUGUGCCUUAUUCAAUUGGUAAAGAGAUGUAAUAACUCUAUCUUUACGUACUGGAAGUGAUUCUUGAAUUCAAUUAGCGUCUCUAAAAGAAAAUGCGAGUGUGGUUGAAGCACUUUUUCUCCUUCGAAAUCAAAGAGAGAAAUGCAUGGAAAAACAACCACUGUUCACUUUUACUAUUUCUUAGUAUAGAAGACUUUCUUUGACCAUUGAAAUUAUCUAAAGAGAAAAAGCAAAUUCCCUCAAGAUGAAGAGUCGCACAAAAUAAAUUGCAAAAGGGAAUCAAAUAAACCGCGAAGAAGAAUAUAUUUUGUGCAACAAAAAUCCAUUGGACAGAAAUAUUUGUCAAAAUUGUGACAGUUUAAGUAGUUUUUUUUGUCUUGUAGUUUAAGUAAAUACAGAGAAAUCUCAAUUUUUGUACAAACAGAAAAGUUUCUAUAUAAGCAUAUGAAAUAAAAAAUAAAACAUGAUAAAUGAA